AUGCAAGAUACCCAGCACCAUUCAAAGAGGUGGCAAUCUCGCCCCAGUAUGAGUUCCCAUCUGAUGGUGGAGCAUUUGGAAGAGACUCUAGAAGGCGAUUCUGGCAUCCGCACCAUUGUCAUAAAGUGCAGGGUUGUUAUCCAUGAUCCUUCGUGUCCAAGCCACCAAUCCUGUUGUUUUCAAAUGUCACGUCUGUUUUUCAAUCCACAUUUGAAAGAUGUCAUCAGUCGGUUACCCACCCAUUAUAAAGAACAGUAUUUGAAAGCCCAGCAGCCAAAGAGGCCCAACUAUUUACAACCGUCAGAAAGCCUUUUGGGUCGAACUCCCAGAACACAGAAUCUGUAAUUGUGUCAACUCCCACCUUAAUUGACACGCGUUUUUUCAGAAUCCCAGGCUCACACUUUGACGUACCGCCCACCAUUAUUUAUCCUCCGGAAUCACAAAAAUGCCUAUGGCAUGGUGAAGGCAUCGUGUCUGGCUAUGCGCGAAAAAGUUUUAGGCAUCCGCUGUAAGUCCUCUUUGACGCCUUCAUGUUCAUUUACUCCAACGAUAAACCAGCUACCCGAAAAUGUACCCACCCAAACUAUCACAACAGGUGUUUUAUAGUGAUAUUCUCGAUCGAUGGAUGGUGAUCAUCGUAUCCGAAACUGCACUUCGUGCGAUCGAAAAGGCUGGUUGUCUGGACGCAUAUAUUCUCUCGACUCCCGCGGAACAGUUGAACAGCCGGUUGGGAAUGCAUCUGAAGCGUGACUUGCUUCUUCAUCUGUCAGAUCCGAACUUUUGUUCCGAGAACCCGGAGAAAGGCAAAACACUGCGGAGUAAAUAUUCACAAUAUAUAAUACCGCAUAGCGAGGCAGAGUGGGUCGGCCUGACUCUCGAAGAAGCGGUCAAAAAGCAAAUAAAAAUUGAAACAGAAGCUGCCAAAAGUACAGUCCGUCCUCAAAAGUAUGACCUUGUAGAAAAGGUUUUCAAAGAAUUGGAAACCCCAAAAACGUCAGCACCAACUUCUACGAAUCUCAAAGGGGUCCUGUCUCGCAUACUCCAUGGAGAGAAAGAUAGUAAACAGUGAACACAAGUGGGAGUUGUUGAUCGUGUGUGCGGCUCUAUUAUUUCCAUGUGCCUACACCCCUUCUUGAUGUAGAUAUUCGGCAAAUGUUAUAAUAUAAUCCUGUAACACAAUG